CACUUUAAUCUAUCUGCAAAUAUAGUAGAAACCCUGAUAUGACUGGACCAAUAUCGUUGCAAUCUAAGGACAGGAAAAUGGCACACAAACCAAAGAUUUAUGUUUUUUUGGGUGCCCCAUGUCCCCAAGCACUCACUGAAGACAUGCAGGAGAUAGCAGCCCCACCCUGGAAGACAAUAGACCUCUCUUGGAGUCAAGGCAGGUUGAUUCCCAAGGACACCAUUAAAGAAGCCCAAACAGGUGACGAGUGUGUUGAAGUGGUUAAUGGUACAAUACAAACUGCUGUUACCUCUGACAGAGUUUCUGAGAGUACAGAGGACAAAAGAGAAACAUCACUGGAUGAUGGCACUCCAUCGGGUCAGUCAAAGGCAGAGUCUAAUGAAGAAGAGAAUUUGUGUCCGGUAUUAGUGACAGAAUACCUAGAUAGUUGUUUCUGCUCACAUAGUUUGAGUAGACUAGACGAAGAUAGAUGGCCUACACCGCCUGUUUCCACAGAGACUGAGUAUCUGAGUACAUGGACAAAAUCCCAAGCCUUGCUUCUUCGAGGUAGAGUGGCCCAACGUCCAACGUCUGACUUUUCUGAUGACUUCCUUCUUGGUUCUCCACACACCCCUACCAAACAAAUAUCCUCAUCUUCCACAAGUUCCCCAGAACUGUACAGUCCAACGGUCAGCCCUGAAGAGAGGGGCUUGGGGGGAACCUUGCAAAGCUCAGGAGAGUGGCAUAAUGAAAGUCUAAGUCAAAGACAGCAAGAGAGAGGAGUGAUUCUGGAAAUCACAGCGGAUGGCAUCCUCUGCUCUCAGGGUAAUGCUAUGGCUGAAAAACCUGUGGAUCGUGAGAAAGUUGGGCUUGAUGUUGACUCGCCAUCUUCAAAUGCACAGACUUCACCUAGUCCCACUACUUCAAAAAGGAUGAGGUUUUCUCAGACUGCAAGUAAAGCUAAAGAAACAAUAAAGCAGAGGGCAAGAACAGCUGCUGCCCCCCUCUGCGGCCCUACAACCCUGCUGGCCAGGUGUAAGACACAUGGUGUACGAUACGCCAUCUUGGUUGCUGUGGUACAUCCAUGCCACUUAAAAGAGGUCAAAGUAAAAACUGGAGCUUCUGCUGGAACCAGUGUACCCUUAGCAACACUGAUUGUUACAGACCAAUCAGAGGUGGAGAUGAAGGUGGUGCUGUGGAGGACAUCGGCUUUCUGGGCUUUAACAGUUUUUCCAGGAGAAAUUCUGCUUAUUACAGAUGUGACCAUGCACAUAGACAAGUGGAAGACCGAGACCGUCCUGCAGUCGACCUUCAACAGCAGGCUGCUGAAUUUGGGACAGGUCACAAGGGAACGUAUUCCACCUGCCCCACAGAAUUUGAACUGUCAUACGCUGAGAGCGCUGUGCACUCAUCUGUGUGAAAAGCGCCCCCUGUUGGUGUCUCUGCCUCUUAAGAAGCCUCAGGAUUUGCACUCCAUCCCCUUCAUCCGCCUUGGAGCAUUACGUCCUGACACACUGGUUCAUGCUCUGCUUAGGGUUAAACACUGGAAAUUAAUCACAGCCUGGCGUGAUGAAGCAGAGGGGACAUCCAGGUCAGGAGGUGUACUGAAAGCUAUUUUGAAUGUGGAGCAAGGAGAUGGUCAGCGAUGUGCUGUCAUACUUUGGGGAGCUGCUCUCUCUUGGCUGCAGCGUUUAGAGAGGAACAAAGAUGCUGUGUGGGAAUUCAGAUUGCUGCUAGUCAGACAAGAUGUGACUUCAGGUUUACUAGAGCUGCAUUCUACUCCAUGGAGCAGCUGUCAGCCUCUCUUUCCUGAUGACAAUCGAUGCAAGGAGUUUUACAGCACUGUCCGCUCACAGAGGACUGCUAGCAGCUUUGAGAUUGAUCUCAGCACGCUCCUGUCCCAGAAAUACUCGGGUGAUGUGGAUCUGAGAGUUAAAAUCACGGCGUUCCAGUUCCAGAGCAGUCCGUCCCAGGAGGCCUCGCUCGUAAUGGAUGGCAACAUGCCCUUGGAGACGAUCUUGAAUGUAGUCUCUGGUGACAUCGUCUUUGCUGGAUGCGGUCAGUGCUCUGCAGAACUGGAAACAGAUGAGAACAGCAUAUACAGACCCUGCUACCCGUGUCUGCCACACACAGGAGUGCGCCGCUACUAUAGGCCAGUUGUUUUAACUGUGCAGACUGGAGGUGAUCAAAUCUGUGUGCAAGUUCCUCCUGCUCUAGUGCAGAAGAUCCUCCUGAACACUCCCCCAGAUAAGCUCCACAAGACCAUAGCCCCAGCAUCAGAGGUGAGGUUCAUCCAGAUUUUAGCAGUGGUUUAAUAAAGUCGACGUCUAAUUAAGCCUAUACGAGAAUAAGCAAACAUCACGGUUGUCCAAGUUUGCCUCUGACAGAAGUCGGGAGUCGCUUCGGGUGACCCUGCGGAGCACAGGAUGGCAGGAGCACUAAGGAUGGAUGAUGCACAGUAUUCCCUGAAGUUUAACAAUGAGUUUAUGGUGGACCUUCCAUAUCUGCAUGAACCUUUUGAGGUGAAGCCUGAACCCUUUGUGCCAGAGACAGUUCAUGGGCCUUACCUACAGAUAAUUGAGGAGCCAAAGCAGAGAGGCUUCAGAUUUCGUUAUGAAUGUGAGGGCCCAUCCCAUGGUGGUCUGCCAGGGGCCUCCAGUGAAAGGAACAGAAGGACGUAUCCCACAGUUAAGGUGUCAAACUACAUGGGUCACGCUCGCGUAGAGGUUCAGCUUGUGACGCACACAGACCCUCCACGUGUUCAUGCGCAUAGCCUUGUGGGUCGCCAUUGUAAUGACAAUGGGAUAUGCACCAUUGAUGUCGGGCCUAAUGAUCUCACAGCACAAUUUAGUAAUUUAGGCAUCCUCCAUGUCACUAAGAGAGGAGUAGUUGAUGUAUUAUUGAAAAGGCUGAAAGAAGAAAAGAGGAGGAUAAAAGAGCCAGGAUAUAAAUGCACUGAUUCAGAAGAACAGACUAUCUUGCAAGAAGCCAAAGAACUGGGGAAAAGCAUGGACCUUAACAUUGUGAGAUUAAAGUUCACUGCUUACUUACAGGACAGCAAUGGGAGUUUCACAAGAGCUUUGAAGCCAGUUGUCUCCAACCCCAUCUAUGAUAGUAAAUCACCAAAUGCUUCAAAUCUGAAGAUCUCCCGCAUGGACAAAACCUCUGGAUCAGUGCUGGGAGGAGAAGAGGUCUUUCUGCUCUGUGAUAAAGUUCAAAAAGAUGAUAUUGACAUUCGUUUUUAUGAGGAGGAAGAUGACGGAGGAUGGGAGGCAUUUGGAGACUUCUCCCCUACUGAUGUCCACAAACAGUAUGCAAUCGUGUUUAAGACCCCACCAUACCGCUGCACAGAUAUCCCACGUCCUGUCACAGUCUUCCUGCAGCUCAAGAGGAAGAAGGGAGGCGACUGCAGCGAACCCAAGCAGUUCACGUAUAUUCCUCACAAUCAAGACAAAGAAGAGGUUCAGAGGAAGAGGAUGAAGGCACUUCCUCAGCCGUACGAUCACUGGCGGGGAGGACCUCAGGGAGGAGCAGGGGCAUUUGGGGGUCCUGGAUCUGGAACAGGAGGAGGAGGAAUGGGAGGAGGUUUUCAAUUUAAUCCUCCGAUGGAUGGUUCAGGGUUUUUCAUUGGUGGAUGUAGUGGAUUUAGCGGCGGGGCACACAUGUCAGGCUCGGCCCCACAGACCGACAAAUCUCAGAAUCAAUCGACAAACACAAAAACUCAGUCUGGCUCUCAAAUGCAGCAGCAGCUCUUUCAGAUCGCCACAGCUCUGCAGAGUCGUGCCACUUUGAUGGCAAAGUGCUCUGCGCGUGCUUUAUUACAGUACUGCAGCACAGGAGAUGUGCGCCCUCUGCUGGCUCUGCAAAGACAUCUGUGUGGAGUGCAAGAUGAGAACGGAGACACGCCUCUGCACUUGGCCAUUAUCCAUCAGCAACCUGUUGUGGUACAACAGCUCAUUCAAGCCCUGAACAACACUCCACAGCAGAAGUUUAUUAACAAACUCAACAACCUCAAUCAGGCUCCACUGCAUCUGGCAGUGAUCACAAAGCAGGUCAAGUUAGUUGAGAUGCUGAUGAAAACCGGUGCAGACCCGAGCCUGCUGGACCAGGAGGGCCGGACAGCGCUUCACUUGGCCGCUCACACCGGUGACGAGGCCAUACUACGAGUAAUCCUGAGUCUGAUGGGAGAGCGCCAUGCCCAUUUAAUAAACUCUGCUGACUUUUCAGGUCAAUAUCCAGUCCAUCUCGCAGUAAAGAAGGAUGGAGAGCACUGUCUUCGAUUGUUGGUGGAGGCAGGAGCAAAGAUUAACAUGCCAGAGCAGAAAAGUGGCUGCACCGCACUACACCUGGCAGUGAGGGACAACCUUUUAAGACUGGCCUGUUGUCUCAUUACCGAGCUGAAGGCUGAUGUGAAUGCGUGUACCUACGGCGGCAACAGUCCUCUUCACUUUGCUGCCAGUCAAGGCUCCCCACCUCUCUGCUCCAUGCUGAUAGCUGCAGGUGCCGAUAAACGCAUGGAGAACGACGAGCCUCUCUUUUUCCAGAGCUCGUCCUCCUCAGAUGAAGAUGACGAGAGCGAGAAGAAUGAAGUCGACAGGGAGCUUCCAGAUCUCAUGGUUCAGCAAGUUCACUGCUUGUCGAUAUCAUCUGAAAGAGGAACGCUUAACCCGCGCAAGAGACCUGCUGCAGGACACACACCGUUUGAUCUGGCCAAAUGCCAAAAGGUUAGAGAUCUUUUAGAUGGCAGGAAAGGCACCAAGCCCAGUUCACUCGCCCCCAAGAGGACCAAAAUAAGCACUGAGGAAGUGAACCAAGGUUUGGACAGCCAGGUGCUCACGAAACUGUGUGGUAUUCUCAUUGAAGACGACGUACCCUGGAGAGAGUUGGCGGAAAAACUGGGCAUGCUCACGCUCACUCACCUGUACCAGGAUAGUGCCUCACCCUGCCAGAAGCUUCUUGAGAACUACCAGCUGAGCGGGGGUCCUGUGGACGGCCUGGUGGAGGCGCUGCAGUCUCUGGGAGUCAGUGAAGGAGUGAGACUACUGAGAGACAGCCAGCCCAGAGAGGACAAGCAGAGCACAGAUUCUACAGAGGACAGUGGCUUCGGAAGUCAGUCCAUUGAAGAGGAGAUGGGGAACCCUGCAGUGGCCCAUCGCUGAUUAUCAGGAUCUAUUCUUUGAGGACAACUUGGCACUUUAUUUGACUGGUUUUUCAGGUGCGAACUGGCGGAUUUGUUCAUCAUCUCAAUAAAGUGGAAAUAUGGCACAGCACAGGAGAAAUUGGAAAAGGAUUGUUUUGAGGUCAAAAGCCCUCUCUGGUUUUACAUAACAAUAAGACAACAUGACUGAAAUCAGUUGCUUUAAGAUACUCAAAUCUUCAUGGUCUGGAGUGAAGCUGACAUUUACGUACUUUUAUCUAAACAUCCACUCGAUUACUGAGAUUUCAAAGUAAUGCAAAUGUCAUUUCACCAUCACAGCUGUAAUCUCGUAAUAUUUCUGCAGAAUGUUUUGAUAUGAAUGUUACUAGUCAGCUCUGUUUUGAUACAUAUAUAUAUAUGCAACCUUAGAAAAAUGCAAUGUUAAAUCACAGUGGUUGAUUUGCCAAUACAUCUGUAGACAUCUAAUGCUGUUUAUUUAUGUUUAUGUUUGGUUGCAAUUGUAUGCUUCAGAGUAAAUAUGUUUGUGUUUUAAUAAAAGUAUUUCAUUA